AUGUCAACGGAAGAGAUGUCCGAGACAACUACUACCAAUUACAAUUAUGAAAACGUCAAUGCUGAUGCCGCCAGCAUUUCCAUCAGAGGCGACAUUGUUCGGUCCGACGCGGAGCCUACUGAUGUAGUACCUGCAACGAGCAAUGGCACUGCUGAAUACCAUCCAGAAGACACUCCAAAGGAACAAAACGGUGACAGUGAUAGCAUUGCCGGUCAAACUCUUACUUUGAGAGCUCUCGUCUCGACUAAAGAGGCAGGAGUUAUCAUUGGUAAGGCUGGAAAGAAUGUCGCAGAACUCAGAGAAGUUACUGGUGUCAAGGCUGGUGUCUCGAAGGUUAUCCAGGGAAUUCAUGAUAGAGUGCUCUCGGUUGUUGGUACCCUUGAUGGAGUAGCUAAGACACUUCUCGAAAACCCCGUUAGUGCCAGCCCUAACAGUGCUCCCAUUACUCCCUCUCCAAAUGCCUUUACUUCCGUCCGCCUUCUUAUCUCGCAUAAUCUCAUGGGUACCAUUAUUGGUCGCCAAGGAGCGAAAAUCAAACACAUUCAAGACGUCUCCAAUGCUCGCAUGGUCGCAUCGAAAGAAAUGUUGCCACAAAGCACUGAGCGUAUUGUUGAAGUUCAAGGGACCGUUGAAGCGAUUAAGAUUGCAGUAUGGGAGAUUGGAAAGUGUUUGAUUGAGGAUAAUGAGAGAGGAAUUGGAACUGUUUUAUAUAACCCGGCUAUUAGGAUUACGAGCCCUAGUUAUUCCACUAACAGGGGAAGGAACGACUAUGCUAUUCGCACUGGAAAUGGAACUGAUUUCACCCGUCCUAAUCGCAACAGCGGUACCGGUACUAGUGGCGGUUCAGGAAGUGACUACUCUGGUUCUCGUCGUUCAUCGACCAACUUCGACCCCGCGCAAACCCGUGUGCAGAAUAUUAGCAUUCCCGCCGAUAUGGUUGGAUGUAUUAUUGGCAAAGCUGGAUCUAAAAUCUCCGAAAUCCGUCGUUUAUCCGGAUCUCGCAUCAGUAUCGCGAAAACGCCUCACGACGAGACCGGUGAAAGGAUGUUUACUAUCCAGGGAACGUCUGAAGCGAAUGAAAAGGCAUUGUACUUGCUUUAUCAUCAAUUGGAGAGCGAAAAAGACCGACGCAUGAACGCUAGUAAUGGAGGUGAAGCUGGUGUGUAA